AUGAAAGGGAUUGUACAGCAUGAGCUCAAUCAUGUCCUGGGCUUUGUCCAUGAGCACACCAGGAGUGACCGGGAUACCUACGUGUACAUCGAAUGGACACAUAUCCCAGAUGUAUACAAAAGCAACUUUGAGACGACCCAACCAGCUACCAAUAACCUGGGCCUGCCGUAUGAUUACACUUCUGUGAUGCACUAUGGGAGAUAUGCCUUCAGCAAUGCUCCUGGGAAGGCAACUAUUGUCCCAAAGCUUGAUCCCAGUAUCCUCAUAGGGCAGAGGUAUGGACUGAGUGGCUUGGACCUGCAGAAGAUCAAUCGUCUUUAUCAGUGUGAUGUCUGCAGUUCUCUUCUCUGUGAUCCAUCAGGAUCUUUGCAUUCAGGAUAUGUGCAGUCGGACAAUCAGAACAGAUCACAAUGUGUGUGGCUCAUUCGGGUCCCUACAAACAAGGUACAGCUGAAUUUCAUCUCCUUUGCACUGGAGUCCUCCCGUAAUUGUGUCUAUGAUUACUUGUCCAUCUCGGACAGCUCUCGAUCUGGCACUUCGGUAUCGCACAAGUAUUGUGGGGCCAAGAAUAUGCCAUCAUUAGUGUCCUCUAGCAACUGGAUGCUGUUGCAGUUUCACUCAGACAAGUCAGUACAGAGUACCGGUUUCCGGGUCACAUACAGCUGGGGUAAGUAG